GUUCUGCCACUUGGGAUUCAGACAUUUUGAGCAAGGUUCAUUGCUCAUUUCGAAGUUUUAGCUCUAUUUUCAUCCAUUUCGAUUACAUCCCACAUCUUAUGUAAAGUGUCUCUGAGCUGAUGAUGUUAUCCAGCAGCCUUUCCGCCGCUUCGCUCCGUUCCUCCUCCCGCCUCCCCUCCCACCAAAUCUACGCCUUCCGCCACUUUUUCUGAUGGAUGGUUACACAACGCAACACGGGAUGGCUUGUAUAUGCGCAACGCUGUCAACAGGUGGCACCCAACACCAACCUGUACCACGCCUCCUCGAAACCUCCAGCGCAACAACAAACAGGAACAUGGACAGAUGAACACUGUCGCCGUCUGACGGGAAAGGUCUUAACGGUCGACAGGAGUGCCUUCCACAUCGGUCUAGCGUUACACUCAAGGUCACCUUGUGAUCGCCCAUGCAAGAAGUGAUCAGCUUUCCAAUAUCUCAGUGGACGAGGAAUCCAAUCCUUUCUUCCCACAUCGCGUCCGCGCCUUUUGGUGCGAUCAAAGUACAAAUCUCACGGUAUGUCCAGCACAAGAAAGACAGGCGGAGGCAGGGACCCAUCAUGACUUCUCAAACAGCUCUGGCGGAGGGGACGGCCUAGAUAAAGAGCACAGGAGUUGGGGGAAGGGUCUGUGGGAGAAUGCCGAGGGUGAGAGGACCAGCUGGCCAUGGAGGUAUUGAUCAGUGCUUGUCCUAUAGGGAGGGGUGACCAGCAACACCUGAUCUGCACAACAAUACUUGAAUCGGCUCAGUGAGAUUGCUGGUUAAAUGUCAAAAUACACCCGCUGGCCACAAGAGUAGGUAAACCUGCAGAAGCUGACCAUUCCAGUCAACGGAUCAUUUGGAGAAGUGGACAUUUUGAAACAGCCCUAAGACGUUUCUUUUCGCACUUAUCUUGAUUAGUAAGCGAGAGUUAGAGCCAAUACCAGCUGAGUUUGGGCAAGAGGCCCGGGUACACCCGGGAGUGGUUGGCAGCUACUCGCAGGGCUAAUUUAUCAUAUUCACACUCUUUUCUUGCCAAAGGACAAUUCAGUCUUCAAUAAACCAUCAAACACUCAUGUUUUUGGAAUGCGGUUGGAAGUCAGAGUACCCAGGAAAAAAAAAAAGCACACACAUUAGCAAAGGCUGAACAAGCAACCUCCCCACAUGCAGUAGUAUUUUAUUUUAUAUUUCUGGAGUAGUAAAGUGACAAAAAAAGGGUAAAAUGCUUGGAUUCAAGUACUAUUUUUUUCUUUUUUAUAAACCAAAACCUUUGUAAUUUUUACCUCGUGUCAUUCAACUACCCGUCAUUGUCGUGUAACAUUGCAGCAACAGGUUGAAAGAAGGUGUAUAAAUGUUAAGAUAAAUCAGUUUUAAUCAUAACAAUACACAAUCGCUGCGCAUGUUUGGAACCAGAUGGGGAUAGUAGCGUCGAGUUGUAGAGGCGUGCUCGACCUCGCGUGAGAGUGGGAAUUUCCCGUCCACGUGUCUGAAUACGCGAUGGCAGAGGCGGGAUCACAACAAACUUCACGAUUGGUUACGGCAAAGGACUCUUAAAGGAAAGUGCUGCAACCCCGCCCGGUUCCAAAGGAGUUAACCGACAAAAAACCGUGCGUCUUUAAGAGAGCCUAUUUACCAAGUUUGGGAGCUCCGCCCCGGCGGCGGAGUUUGUUUUUUUGCAGCUGACGUCGGCGAAAUGAAAUCGGCUUGUAGCAGUUUUCCCCACAGAAUGGAAGUUGUCGUGGGGAAGAUACGGGCGAUACUUGGUUGACCUGGUCGGAUAUUAACGUCGGUUCACCUUUUUUUUUCUUCUCUCCGCGGUGAAGAUCCCAUUAACAAGGAAGCCUGCGUAACGGUGUGCUCAACGUGUAGCGUCCCCGCAUGGAGGAUGAGGAGGAUGAUGUGUUUGAGCCAGACCCCCACUGCUGGCGCACCACAUUCAAGGAGAUAAAGUGUGAGGAGCGGGCAACACAGACACCUGGCCCCGUCCCGGCAUCAAACAACGGCAUGCUGCCCUGUGGAGUCGCAGAGGAGCCAAGACCACUCUUCUACGGUAACGCAGGUUUUCGAUUGCACUUCCCGGCCCACUUUGAACUUGUUGGUGAACAGGAGGAGCGACUGCAAGAAAGCGACGACGGAAUGGAGCAGCAACUCCAGCAGCAGCAGCAGCAGCAGCCCGUGGCACGCAGCAUAGAGGCCUGCGUCGGUCAGAAACUCCAGCUGAUUGGAGACCAGUUUCAUCGGGAACACUUACAGCUGUAUCAUCGAAACCAAAGGAUCCGGGGGCUGCUGUGGUGGCGUCUGGCCACAGCCGUGCUUGGCCUGCUUUUCGACAGGGGCUUCUUGGCCGGACGAGGCGGAGCAAGACGGAGGUGAGGCGGUCUUCCACCUCGUGUCUGUUUUAAUCAUCUCCACGAGGAACUGGACUCCCGAUGGCACUGUCCAAUCUAACACGGGUCUGUUUGCGGUGGGGAGUGGUGGCACGGUGGACGCGUGGAAGGGUUUCUCAAAAGGUCACCGCGGGACGGAGACAAACGACUUUUAUACAAAGGUUUUUUUCUUUUCAACACGAUGCCAUGAUGCCCAGAGAUUCCUCGACGGGACAAUGUUCAUAUUUUGCUAUCCGUGUGGUGUAGUAGUUUUGUACAGUACAUUAGUUCAGUUUUUUGUUUUUUUUUUUGCACUUCACAAUGUAUCCAUUUUUGAUGACCUCCACAGACCCUUGGAAUGCCUUAUUCAAUGUUUUCUGCCAUAAAGAGUAUUGAAAGAAUUUUACAUGAUGGUAGAUAACAAAAGGAAAUGUGGUGGGCUUUUUUUUUUUUUUCAACCUUUGUGAAAUGUUUCCAGGUAACCACUCAAGUUGAUUUAUAAUUUCCAAAGAGGCAACUUCUCAGAAAACGCGUUUUGCACCUCACUGAAUGGUUACAUUUACUUUCUUUAAUAUGGUUUGAACUCGUCAUGUCCCUUUCUUACUCAUUCAUUUGCUGUAAUAACGUUCGCAGACGGUUUCUGGACAUGACUGCUCACCAAGAAAAAUAUUUUGUUCAACUACAGUAUGUACACGCUACUUACUGUACAUGUCGCUAUCCCCUGAGGUAUCAGGGGCGACGUUUGCAGACGUUAAUAAUUGCUCACUCGUCAAACAAACCUCUGUAACGACUAUUCAGACUGCAAGGAAUAUGAAUUUUGGGCUCCAUUUCCCUACCCAGCGCAACCAAAAUGUGGGUAUUUUUGCAGAUGCACAGAGCUUGGCACAACUUAAAAAAAGCGGGCGUUUUGCGGCGUUGUGAGCGUGAACACAGCUGACUCGAUACGGCGCCAGUGGACGCGGCUUCUUUCAUUCCCUUUAAAAUCGGCCCGCGCAGACUUUGACAUGGCGGCAGCAGAAACCGAUGAGAUAAAUUAAAUUUUGAAGAAACUGGAUCAAAGCAGACCUCCACGGCCAGAUGAUCCUAAUUUAGCGAGGGAGAUCACAGAUCUGUGAAGUCGGCUAUUAAGAGACCACCUUCCAAACACGAUUGUUGGUGUCCAUGUGUGAUCCUCCUCACCAGGCCCAAAAGCCCACAGCUGUGAUUUUUAAAACAAAAUAAAGAUCUUAAUAACAGCACAUGCAAUGAAUUGAUUUCCGCAGUGACUCAGACGGUUCGCUGCAUGCUGUUGUCUUAUGUAUGAAAUAUGAUGACCAUCCACCACACGUUUGUGGCACCCAAAUCGCAUUUUACGACCCGAGGCAAUACUUAGAUGUGGUUCCAGCAGGCGUAAAGUUCAGAGAACUUUCGGCCACCAAAUUGUCCGGUGUGCCCACCACGGCGUAGAGCGAUCUACCAAAUUUCCAAAAACGCUAAACGAGGUUUGCACUGGCACAAGAAUCGAGAUGCGCCAGUUUUUACGAAUAUACAGCCCUAUGAGUCUAUCAAGUUUUUUACGCUGUAUGGAUAAAAGUCUUGCCACCUACGGGGUAACUCUUUCAUUCACGGAGGGGCCUGCCUGGACUUAUUAGGUUGCCUGUAUUUUAAUUCUACGCUUCCAAAUGCGCUAGCAACAGUUUGGGAAGAUCUUUUUCGGUUCCAGCAGAACUUUGGAAUAAAUUCGAACCACCCUCUAUAUCCAACAUCGGCAACCUUUGACCUCCCAGACACACUCCAAAGUCUUCCCGACAAAAGUGAGAAGUUUUAAAGCCGCACAAGCGAGACUCACGUUUUCCUCUUUUGCUUUUCCGUGGGUGUAGUCCACCUGUCCCAAUACUUUUGUCCAUACAGUGUAUCAAGCCACCUGCCGUAAAACUGCCCAAUGACAGAUACAAAACAGCAGUACCCCAGCUUGUAAAGAUUUGGGUUUUUUUUGUAAGUGCACUAAAUGGAAACUUUAGUCAAGCCAAUUGCGUAUUUAGUGAGAGCACCAAAUCCUUUUCCAUCCUGUUGUUGUUUUUUUUUUUUUUUUUUUUUUUUUUGCUUUGUUCUAUCCGUGUUCUUUGCAGACCUCCAUGCCCUUGAAGUGGAGCUGUGGAUCCACUGUUUUUGCACUAGCACACCCUUUAAAUCCCAUAUCUCACUGAGCGGCGAGGGUUAGCGAGUGCUUGCGCACAGCUCGGAUUUUUUAAAUUUUUUUUUAGACAAGGUUCGGUCCAGGUCGCAAAUGAUCUUCCAGAAGUUCGCCGACCGUUUCAACGGUCGCAAACAAAAUGUGGCAACGAGAAGAACCGUUUGCAGCCGUUCAAACUCUUAGCCAACGUCUUCGCGACCUUGGAUGAACCCUGAUGGAAAAACAGCAUUCGCUACGUGCGCGCACGCUCGCAAACCUGGGGCCGCCCAAUGAGAGACGGGCUUAAGACUUCCACUAUUUACCACCCCCCGCAUUUUAUAUGAAGGUUUUCACUUAGUCUGUGGCCACAACAUCCCAUUUUUUCAAUCAGUAUUGAGACCUGGCAGGUCACAGUCUGAGAUCUGGACCGGAAAAGAAAUGGUUCUGGACCUGUCCUGCCACAGCUCGGUGUGUCGUUUUUCCACACCAAACAGGUGAAACGGAAUCCUUUCAGGAAACUCUCAUGGGAUUUACCCCCGCACUGGAUUGGGCCGGGUGACUCUUGUAUCGCCUUUGAUGCUCAGAUCCAGAAGCGAAGCAGUUUUUAUUCCACAACACCAACCAUUCACGAUGCAAACUAAAGACUGCGGUUACUUCCUAUUGUUAACUAUGUUUUGAAGACACUGUGGAAGAUUUGUGGGGGGGGUUUGUGGGGUUUUCUUUUUUUUACAUUGAUGAACACAGGCCAACUUUUGGACCCACGGAGCAUUACGUAUCAGGGGUGUGUAAAUGACUUGCUCCAAGCAAUGUGUCAAAGUUGAUCACUGCAUCGUUAUUUGAUUUUUUUUUUUUUUUUCCUCUCGUACUCAACAUAUCUCAGGGACAACAAGGCUUUGUGGGCCACCUUGAGAAUCAGUUACACGGUCAGAGGAAGAGCAGCGUUGCCACCCAUGACGAAACGUCGUCUCUCAUGUCUUUCCUCGUCCCAGAUUUGUCCGCGCAAAAGGUACAUUUUGACCAAGGAGUCGGAGGCUUGGCUGGGUGGGGGGUGACGGGGGUGGGGGGCUACCGAGUGUGGAGUUAGGAGGCGUGUGACGUGCACUGAAUGUGGUUGUAGUUUCCUGCGGAUCCUCAAUGCUGAGCCAGUCCGUGUAGCGCCCCGUCCCGCCAUUGUCCUCGCUUGUGCCGCUCCUUCAAAGACACACACCUAUUCUUCAUGAGUGUAAUUUAUUUUUUCUUAUUAUUUAUUUUCUUUCUUUUUUUUCUUUUUUUUUGUAUAUUUGCCCAUUUCUACUGUAUACACUCGCACGUGCGAUCACUUCUUGUUAUCCUCGCGUGUAGUCUGUCAUAAAGAGCAACGGUUGAGUUUAAAAUUAGCUUUGUACAAAAUGGACCUUAAUGGCCGCAAGUAGAUGUGAUCCACUCUUGUCCCUGUCGCACCCCAAAAAAAAAAAAAAUCACUGUUCCCAUUCAAAGCAGACUUGGACAAUUGCCUUUCAACGCUAAUAUCGCCUUAUCAUUCGCCUUAUUGAUGACCGCAGCUUACUGCUCUUCUUUAAGACAACGGCUUCCAAACCUCGUCCAACCGCCUUUCCAUCCAGGGGAGCAUGUUUGAUCCUGGAAAAAUGGAUCACGGGUGGAGUAUUGAAAGCUUGUGAUUUUCUAGGGAUGGGCCCCGACCACCUCAAGACAUUUUUCAAUACGCCGCUCAAUUCGGUCUCGGGCAAGAUUCUCUCCCAUGUGCGGUUUAGCAAAAGCGGCGGCUUCAAUGCAGUUAUUAAUUAGUAUAAUAAUUAUCGUGACGCACGUCUUUUCCCUCGGAAUUAAUGAAAGGUCAUCCAUCGCUGAUGAUACAUCAGAGAGGGAGAGCUUCAAAAAGAGUUACGACGUUCAUGUUCCUUGAAGAAACAGGGUGUUGGUUUAUGUGUUCAAUUCCCGGAAUCUUGAUCAAUGUUGUAAUCGACAUGCACUGGAAAGUACUUUGUUUCUGUAGAUCCCACGGGUCCCUUACGUGUCGUGUCUUCCUAUAUGAUGUACAGUAUACUUCGGAUUGUUCAUGUGGCGUCACAGCUGCGUCGGUGCGUCGGCCAAGGUGGCUCGCGCCUUUGAUUUAUUGGAAAGGGAAACAAUCUGCCGCGGUGCCCCCCGUGUAUUUUUUGUUUUUUGGGUUACAAUGAUGUUCCCGCGCCGCACCCGUUCUCUUGUGUACACGUCAAGAGUGGAGCGUCCCUCGUGUGUGUGGGGGGCGGGGCGGGGGAGGGGGCAUUGUAUUUUACGGAAACCGUCAGUGUCUUUGAAUUUUGUAGUCCACUUUAUAUAAAUUUGAAGUUUUUGAGGAAGUUUUGAUUUUUUUUUUUUCAUAAAAUUCCUUCACGUUCUUUCUUAACUUUGCAAAAUGUAUUUUCUUAACCGAAAACGGUCUGUUUUUAUAAGGACUUGGAUUCGAUUUUUUUUUAAAGAGUAGGAUCUUUGCGACUCCAUGAUAUCGAGGGCAUUUUAUGAUGUGAUUUGAUUUUUUUUUUCCAACAUUCCUUGCACAGCUCUUUGCAGCGUGUGAAGCAAACCAAAACAAUUCACUGUCGUUAAUUUCGCAUCUUCGUGACAGACCCGAUUCAAGUGUACAUGUAUUUGUAAAACCCUGGAAUAUGCCUUUAACUGCUCAGUUUCAAAUGAAGUCUUGAUGAUCACACACUCUCUGUAUACCAAGAAAAGGAGACCCAGCGAAAAUGUAGCAUUUUUGUAAACAUUGACUGUGUGUUUUCGAGACUCUACUGUGCACUCAUUUUGUGUUUAUAUGUCAUUUUUGUUUUGUUUUUUUCUGGGGAUUUGUUCAUAUAUUAUGGAAGUAAAGACAAUGUGUUAUGUAGUGCAAUAUGCUGUACAUAUGGAGCUUUGCUCUACAAAUCUUUUUUUUCCUGGAUUUCUUGUUAUUGGUACUUUUUUUUUUCAAUAAAAUUUUAUUGAACGUG